UUCUGAGAGCUUGUAAACACAAUGCAACGUGAUUUUGUUUCUCUCGUCGGAUUUGGCUUAAGGGUGAGAGCGUUAAUCCGGUUUGAAUGUGAGUGGCUUGGCGAUGGUCCUUUGGUGGAAAUCGAUUCGAGGCCUUUCUUUGUUCGUAGUGCUUGCAGAGUGAGCGUGGCCUGAAGUGAGCUGCCCUCUGAAUUGAAACGCCUGCCCGUUCCUGUAGCACGCCUGCAACACUCGUCACGUUGUCCUCGUGCCUUUAGUUCUUGCCGCACAUUGUAAGUGUCUUGUUGUUCAUCUGUAUCAGGCUUUGGAGGAUGAUUCUUGCCUUGGAUCAUCGAGGAAGGCGAUAAGCGGUCAUGAUCACUGCAGUGUGGUCGAAUUUCGCACAGUUCAAUUGUUCAGACAUUCUAGUAUUUCGGACACUCGAAUUUGAGAAUAAUAUUUGUUAUUCCAGAAGUUCUCUCAAAUUGUAGAUCGCAUCUGCUUGCGAUGUGCAUGAUUGGCGAUCAAAGGUGAAUUGAAAUGGUACCUGUACUUGCGAAGGUGGCUGUCUCAUGAGAUCCAUGGCUGAACCAUAUUACAGGCCUCUCCUAAUCAUAUAAUCCUAACCUAGCCUCAAUUAUGCCAGGUUAUGAUAAUAUGAUCAGUAGGAGUCACUCGUUUUGUUAGUGACGAUGGCAUCGGCCGACAAAUGUAAAAACUUGAGAGAAGUUGUGUAAGCAUCAUCAAUGAGUUCGAUUCGUGAGCAGGGAAGGGUUAAUUGAAGGGUUGCUCGAAUUGAAUAAGAUGGAGGAAAAGCUUAUUCUUCUAAGUGAACGCAUAGAGGACCGUAAGCGGAUGAUAAAAAAUGGUCAAAUCUUAAGCGCUAGCAAUAGAAGGUCUGUAAAACCGCGACUGUAUGGAAUAACAGAGAUUCAUGGACCGCAUCACUCUGUCACUGGACCCGAACACUUGCAGAAUCUGUUCGAAAGCAUGGGAGAAUACAUUGACGGCCUUAAAUUCUCUGGAGGCUGUAUGAGCCUGAUGGCUAGAGACAUCUUGAAGCAAUUGAUCCGCCAGGCUCAUGACCACGAUGUGUAUGUGAGUACUGGUGGUUGGGCAGAGCACAUUCUCCGCAAAGGUCCGGGGAGUUUCAAACAGUAUGUGCAAGACUGCAAGGAACUUGGAUUUGAUUCGAUAGAGCUGAACGCUAGCUUCAUUGAGCUUAAUGAAGAUAAUCUACUUCGUUUAAUACGCUUGGUGAAAAAUUCAGGAAUGAGGCCUAAACCCGAGCUUGGGCUUUCUUUCUUUGGUGGAGAAAAUGCUGAACUUGCUUCGUCUGGUAAAGUAGAUCUUGAUUGGGUAAUACGACGGGCUGAGCGUUAUUUAGAGGCAGGAGCAGAUAUGAUCAUGGUCAAUUCAGAUGGCCUCACCAACAGUACGAACAACUGCCACACUGACCUCGUGGCUAAGAUUAUUGAGCGCUUGGGACUGGAGAAGAUAAUGUUCGAAGCUAAUGACCCGAAUGUGUCUGAGUGGUUCAUUCAGAACUAUGGUCCUAAAGUUAACUUGAAUGUGAACUAUUCACAAGUUGGGCAGUUGGAGCGCUUGCGUUCAGGUUUACCUGGUACCCGAAGCAUCCACUUUGCGUGA